GUGACACCGGAACCAAAUCAAAAGUUCGAGUUCAUCUCCCGCUCUCCGGAGUAGCGUUACCAUAGCAAUGGACAGGAGCAAAUGGGAGAAGAUACUCACCUAUUUUCAGGCAUAUGCACGUGGAUAUCUGGUGAGAAAAGAAGUCUAUCGUGCACGAGAAGACUUUGAAGAUAUCGUGAACGAGAUUGAUGGAGGCUUGGCCCACUUAAAGUGGAGAGAAACAGUCAUCUCCAUUCCCCACUUCACAGACACUGAUGGCCCAUUUCUACGACCCAGCAGCUGCGCCAGUGAACGCUCAGAUCCAGGACUAGAUGGCAGUGCCAGUUCCCAGAGCCCAGCAGCGGCGGCAGCAGCUCCCGUAUCUGAGGAGAGAGAGGAGCAUCUUCAUCACCUUCCACAGAAGACUGAAGCUGAGAGAGAUGACUCACAAACCAAAAGCCCAACCUCCCUUUCCAUAGACUGUUGUAAAGAGAAUAGAGAGGGACAGAAAGUAAACACUGUUGGGUUGAUGGAGAGCACAGGAGACUCCACCACCAUCUGGAGCAGUUUAGAGCUGGACAUGAACUACAGUCACUCUCACAAAGGUCCCCAGCAGUACUGCUUGGCCCAGGAGGUGCCACGUACCCCAGAGGCCCUGCGUCUCCAUAGAAACACCCUGACCAUGGAGCUGCUCUGGCUCCAACAGGCCAUUGACAGCAGGAAAAAGUACUUGUCACUGAAGGACAGGCUGAGUGCAUCCUGACAGCAGAUGUUAUCUGAACCAGGACCGACGGCCUGACUGCGGUCAGUCAACUGAACUCUCUGUAAUGGAAUCCAUUUAAGAUAUGAGGACAUACAACUGCACGGAAAAUAAAUUGCUUUAGAGUAGUAUUUAUAAUGUGUUUGACAGAAUAUGAAGAGUUAAUAAACAUGUACACUGUGUGUUAUUUGUUAAUGUAAAAAAUGAAUAAAUUUUAUUUUUCUAUAAA